AUUCAUAGAAAUGCCGUCUGUCAGACCAGUAGCGAAUCGUGAUGCGUGAACGAAUGACAAUGUUGUGCGCGCGCGAUAUAACGAACUAUUUCGAAUUUUAAAAAUUAAAAACGAAUUUGACAGUUAGAUAAUAUUGUGAUAGUAAAGACAGUUACUUGAUUUUAUUCCGUUUCUUGUUAAAAAAUAUUGUGAUUUUUGUGGAUUACUGAGAUGAUUAGUGCAGUGUUUCUAUGUGAUAUGUUGUGGUGACAGGCAAUGCUUGUGGGGGAGCAGUCGCCGGCACCGCGGGUGGUGGCCGGUUUGCGAAAAUUACGCCCCGAAUUGACACCGGGACCCGUGCCAACGCCUGCUGAUCCUAAUCUUAGGAUAUCAGGUGUCCUCCGGCAGUAUUACAAAGAUGACGACGUAUCAUGGGCCUGGGUGAGGUGCGCCAUCCGCGACGGUUGCCUGCUGGCGUGGCGGGAUGGGACGUUGCCGCGCCGCCGCCCGGCCGCGAGGUUGCCGCUCCGGCACCUGCACCUGCGAUCAGCUGCUAAUCUACAGAAUGCUUUCCAGCUCUCGCGGCUACUGGACAACGCCGUGGUCGCUACGUUCCAGGCUUGCAAUGCGACGGAAUAUGCGCGAUGGGUGCGAGCACUCUGCAUAGAAAUCUUAGGACAGACGCCAUUGCCACAAGUGAGAUUUUUGGACGUGUUGCCAGCGGCGGACACAUCCAACCGCAAACCAAAGACAAUUCAAAUAAGCACACCGAUGUGUCCCCCCAGACCGCCUCCCAGGGCUCGAAGAAGAUUGCUUACAGCGUCUGAAACUCAGUUACCAAGGGACCACUCCCCAGCCGCAACGGACGAGGGCAUCGUCGUAGAAGACGACGAUUACGACUCAUCAUCCGAUCGCAGCCUCGACCUAUCCCUUUCCCUCGACGCAUUAAAAACUAUAGACGUGGUAGAUGCACCUGUACGUCAAGCUGAAGUCAUAAAGUGUAACAACUGCAGCAAAUUGAACGGUAGCUCUCCCCAACAUCAUACUCUUCCCCGGGCGAGGUCCACGGACACAGAAUUGGGACGACAUAGAUACCUGAAACGCUGGGAAGGGACAGCUGGCGGGGCGGAGAGAGGGAGAUUCGCGAUGGAAAUGGCCAGGCGCAAGACUGCGUCCCUAGAGAAUCGAGCCAGGUCCUGUUCCCCGAACGCUCAUGAAGUGGCCUUUAAGUACGUCCCGGUGCGAGAACGGCGCGCGUUGUUCGAGUCGCUGUCGCAGAGUGGUGGAAGUUUGGCGCGAAGUAGCGAGCAGUUGGCGCGGCCGGUGACUGUGGCGGAGACGCCGCGCAGGGCCACGUCCCUCCACGACCUGCAAGCGCCCCCGACGAGAUCGGUCAGCGACUUGAGGCAGUUCUUCGAAGCGGUGGCGCGCGGCGCGGGCUGCUCCGGAGUGCAGCGUUUCACCGCUCCCGCCAACCCCGUGCCGCGCGCCUUCAUAUCGCUCACGUGCGCCUGACCGAUCGAUUUGUAAAUAUUGUAGAUAGACUCACGGCGUGGACCGCCGACCGUCUCACUAAGUCGUUCGUUUUAAGACUGUUAAAAGUAUUGUUAUAAAGUACCUAAUAUAAAUGAAAUAAAACGUAUUAACUAUUA